AUGGAGGAAGUGGCCAAGCACAACACCAAGGAGGAUUGCUGGGUUGUGCUCUAUGGCAAGGCCUACGACUUGACGAAGUUCGCCAAGGUCCACCCGGGCGGUGCCAAGCUCAUCACUGACGCCGCCGGCAUGGACGCCACGCAGAUCUUCGAUCCCAUCCACCCCAAGGAUAUCAUGGACAAGCUCCUCAAGCCCUCCUUGACCAUGGGAGUGGUGGAUGCUGCCACCAUCAAGCCCGAGCAUGUGGCCAAGAUUCCUGAGGCGCCCAAGCCCGCGCCGAAGAAGAAGAAGGUCGAUUCCAGUGACCAGGCAGAGGAAGAGGUCGAGGAAUUCAAGAAGCCGCCGCUGAACGCCAUGCUGAACACCUUCGACUUCGAGUCCGUGGCCCGCGAGGUCAUGGAGCCACAAGCCUGGGGCUACUACUCCUCGGGCGGCGACGACGAGAUCACGCUCCGCGACAACCACAUGGCCUUCCAGCGCAUCACCAUGCGCCCGCGCAUCCUGGUGAACGUCCGGGAGAUCGACAUGUCCACCCAGAUUCUGGGCGUGCCGGCCUCUUUGCCUCUCUACUUCACUGCGACCGCCCUGGCGAAGUUGGCCCAUCAGGACCGGCGGGGCGACGGACGUGGAGCGGGCGCGACGGACGGGGAGCGGGACGGCGAGGUCGCCAUCGUGAAGGCGGCUAAGAAGGCUGGAGUGCCUUACAUGCUGCCCACCUUGAGCAGCUACACCUUGGACGAAAUGUUGGCCGCCAGGGCUCCUGACCAGACGGUCUUCUCCCAACUCUACGUGAACCCCGAGCGCUCCAGGUCCGAGGAGUACGUGCAGAAGUUGGAGCAGGCGGGUGUCCAGGCGCUCUUUGUGACGGUGGACGCCCCACAGCUGGGCCGACGGGAGAAGGACAUGAGGAACAAGUUCACCCAACAGGGCUCGGACGUGCAAGGCGACGACGAGGAAGAAGGCGGUGUGGAUCGUUCUCAGGGUGCCACGCGCGCCAUCAGCAGCUACAUCGAUCCGGGGCUCAACUGGGAGGACGUGCCUUGGUUGAAGAGCAUCACCAAGAUGAAGGUCUUGCUGAAGGGAGUGCAGUGUGCGGAGGAUGCCGUGAUGGCCUUCAAGGCCGGGCUGGCGGGCUGCGUCUUGUCGAACCACGGCGGAAGGCAGCUGGACACCUGCCGUCCCGGCAUUGAGGUCUUGCCUGAAGUCAUGGAGGCCUUGAAGGAGGCAGGCGCCACCAAGGAGAACUUUGCGGUCUUCAUCGAUGGCGGCGUGCGCCGCGGUGGCGAUAUCUUCAAAGCCGUGGCACUGGGUGCACAGGCGCGGAGUGGCUGGCCCCACGUGUCGUGCCGGGCGAGUGAAGUGUGCCAAACAUGCCAAACAUGGGACGGAAAGGCGGGCCUUUGGCCGGGGCAAGUGAGCUUUUAG